CAAACUGUAAAUAGCUACAUCUCAACUUUCGUAUAAACGACCUGAAAGUUUCGCCAAAAUAGGUCGAAAACACCGCCAACGCCACAGGCCUUCAGGUCCCCGCGUCCCCCGCUGGCUCGCUCGCAAAAUGGGUCAAGAAGAAUCUACUCUGGCUGAUGCCCAUGGGCCUCCAGAGACCCUCCAAGAGAGAAGUUUGGAAGCCGUCGCCGAAUAUAUCAAGAGCGGCGAUGCUCGGCGCAUUGUGGUCUUGACGGGCGCGGGCAUCUCUACCGCAGCCGGAAUCCCGGACUUUCGAUCGCCAAAGACGGGUCUGUAUAGCAACCUGGCGCGUUUAAAACUGCCAUAUGCAGAGGCUGUGUUCGAUAUUGCCUACUUUCGCAACCGUCCGGAGCCGUUCUACGUUCUCGCGCAGGAGCUAUACCCCGGAAAAUUUCAGCCAACGGUCUCCCAUGCCUUCAUUGCGCUUCUUGCACAGAAGGGACUCCUUCAGAUGCUCUUUACACAAAACAUUGACUGUCUGGAGCGCGCGGCUGGCGUUCCUUCGGACAAGAUAGUGGAGGCACACGGCAGCUUUGCGACUCAGCGCUGCAUCGAGUGCAAGGUCGAGUUUCCCGAUGACCACAUGAGGAAGCAUGUGCUCCGAGGCGACGUUCCUCGCUGCAAGGAAUGCAAGGGACUGGUGAAGCCAGACAUUACAUUUUUCGGCGAAGCGCUCCCAAGGGCAUUCUCUGAAAAGUCGCACAACACUGUCAUGGCAGACCUCGUUCUGAUUAUUGGAACGAGUCUGACGGUGUACCCCUUUGCUAGCCUCCCUGACAUGGCGAGACAAAAGGCACCGCGUGUGCUUUUCAACAUGGAAAAGGUUGGCUCAUUAGGGUCGCGAGUUGAUGAUGUACUGGAACUGGGAUCAUGCGACAAUGGCAUCCGAAAGCUGGCUGGACUGCUUGGGUGGACAGAUGAGCUGGAGGAUUUGUGGAGAAAUGUUGUUGGACAUGAAGAGGCCGAGAGACAGCUGCGCAGCCAGACCGACCGCGACGAAGAGAUUGAAGAUGAGCUUCAGAAGUUGACUGGAGAGAUUGAAACUGUUCUCAGACUUGAUGAAGAAAAAGAGGAUGAGGAAAGGGAGGAUGAGGAUGAAGAUGAAGAAGAGAGCAAGAAGGCAGAAGACGAGGAGGUAUCAAAUAAUGCUCAGGCAUCAAAAGAUAUCGUGGACGUAAAAGAAGCAGCCGAUGAAAAAGAUGUUGCCCCAGCAAAAGAAGAGAAGAAGAAUGAGCCCGAAGCACCUACAGAAGAGGAGAAAGCGAAACCAGAGGAUACAACCACCAAGCUGGAAGAGUCCGAAGUUACAAAAGAAACAGAGGGCAAAGAAGUUGAAGAGUCAAAAAAGGGGGAGAGCGAAGAUAAGCCGCUAUAA